AGAACUUCAUAAUUUUUUUUAUUUUUUUUUUUUUUAAAACUGUCGUAGAGUAUGGCUUCCUGCCUUCCUCUUAGACAGAGUAUCGUUAUUCUAUCGUACUGUGUAAACUAAGGUGGGUUGCUCAUCAUAUCAAAUACUCAAACGUCAUGCCAUUUUGAAGGUUUUGCUAGAUCCAUUUCUCUCUCCUUCAAUCAAAUCAAAGUGUUCUUGGAUCCAAUUACGAAUUUUACUAACGAAGGAUUACAUGUUACCAUGAUCACGGACCCAUCAGCAAGUAGUUUUAGCUCAUACAGCGAAACCGAAUCGCGUCAUUUGCCUCUGAUAAGUGGACUUCCGGAUGACAUUGCUUUGUUUUGCUUGGCAAGGGUUCCUAGGAAGUACCAUACAGUUCUUAAGUGUGUUUCAAAGAGGUGGAGAGACUUGGUGUGCAGUGAAGAGUGGUGGGAUUAUCGCCAAAAGAACAAUUUAGGCGAAUCUUGGAUAUAUGCAUUGUGCAGAGAUAAGAGUACUGAUCAAGUGAGCUGCUAUGUGUUAGACCCUAGCUCUUCUAGACAGGCAUGUUGGAAGUCCAUUUGUGGUCUUCCGCCUCGAUGUUUGAAGAGAAAAGGAAUGGCUUUUGAAACAAUCGGCAAGAAGUUAUACCUUUUAGGAGGUUGUGGUUGGUCUGAAGAUGCUACUGAUGAAGUUUAUUGCUAUGAUGUGGCCAUGAAUACUUGGAGUGAAGCACCUUCCAUGUCAACUGCAAGGUGCUAUUUUGGCUGUGUUAAUAUGGACGGGAAGAUUUAUUCCAUAGGUGGAUAUGGGUUAGAGACGAGUGAUCCACAUUCUUGGGACACUUACGAUCCUAGAACAAACUCUUGGGAAUCACAUUCAGACCCAAACAUCAUUCUUGACAUAGAGGAUUCUGUAGUGAUGGGCGGAAAAAUCUACAUAAGAUCUCGCACUUCAACCAUACCUCCUCAUGUGUAUAUAGCUGUCUACGAUUUAUCGAGUGGCAAAUGGCAACAAACAGAUGCUGAUAUGGCAUCAGGUUGGCUGGGCCCUACUGUAGUUGUGGAUGAUACAAUCUAUGUACUGGACCAGAGUUUGGGAAGCAAGUUGAUGAUGUGGCAGAAAAACACUAGGGAAUGGAUUCCCUUGUGUAGGCUCUCGCCUCUCCUUCCAAGACCACCAUGUCAGAUGGUUGCUAUUGGAAGAAAAAUCUUCAUAAUUGGCAAAGGGCUCAGCGCAGUUGUUUUGGACAUCAACGUUGGUAAUGCGGAUAGAAUGAUAGCAAGCUCAUCUAUACCAAAUUUUUCCUGUGAUGAUGAUGUAAUUUGCUGUAAAUGUGUGUCAAUCUGAAUUCUUUUCAUGUAAUUCUACUCUGAUGUUUGUAUUUUACCAUGGGACUUUUGGAGUCCUUGUAAUCAACCAAUUUCAUAUUCGUAAUGGUAAAUAAUACAAAGUAUUUCAUCA